GCUUCCGGUGUCCUACAGCCAUGGCCGCCGCCGUCGCUGCAGCCGGCGCGGGGGAGCCUAUGUCCCCUGAAGAAUUGCUCCCGAAAGCCGAGGCAGAGAAAGCCGAGGAGGAGCUGGAAGAAGACGACGAUGACGAGCUAGAUGAGACCCUAUCGGAGAGACUCUGGGGUCUGACGGAGAUGUUUCCCGAGAGGGUCCGGUCGGCCGCCGGCGCCACCUUUGAUCUCUCGCUCUUCGUGGCUCAGAAGAUGUACAGAUUUUCCAGGGCAGCAUUGUGGAUUGGGACCACUUCCUUCAUGAUCCUGGUUCUUCCUGUUGUCUUUGAGACAGAAAAGUUGCAAAUGGAGCAACAACAGCAACUGCAGCAACGGCAGAUACUUUUAGGGCCUAACACAGGGCUGUCAGGAGGAAUGCCAGGGGCUCUACCUCCACUUCCUGGAAAGAUCUAGAUUCUUACUUCGGUAUUUGUCCUUGUGGGAGAACUUUGAAAUUCAUUUGUGUUUGAACUGCUGAUUGAACUUUUUAUUCUUUUUUUUUUUUAAACCUUGGCACAUAGAUCUAUUUGAAGGUAGUGGGAACUUUCUCCGUUUCUCAUGGAGAGACCCCAGGUACACCUGUGCCCUUCAUAAUGAAUGCCCUCACUUCCUGUUCUCACUCCGAUGCUGGAGUACAGCCAUGUGGAAGGUUAUCCCACUCUCCUUUAAUAAAUUGCUCCUAAGGAAGUUCUUACGUGCCCAUUGUGGGAAAGAAGUAAGUACCCCUGACCAUAAGGACUUUUUAAAAAAUGGAAAUGUCUAGGACAUGUGAGCAGUGUGGGACUGACAACAUCCAUUACACCUGUAGUACAGAACAGUCACCAGGAUCCAUCCCUGUGCGUGCCGGAGAGAAGGGAGGCUGGCUGGAGCGCUAGCCAGAGGGGGCUGGGCAGGGCCACCACUCAUUUCCUCUGCAGUUUGCCUCUUAGACCAGUGUAUGUAUAAAAAAGAAGUCAGCGCUCACUUUUUGUAUUUAAAUAUUAAAAGAAGUCGAACUGAAA